GCUCGACUGAUCCGGAAUCGGCUGUUGCCUAGUCUACGGAUUGUGGAGCACGGGACAGCCAGGUGUUUGGACGAGCAUAGGGUAGCAACUUGGCGUGCACCCCGCUUGUCUCGGUAGUCUUGCGUGGUGGAUGGUCAUUGUCGAGUGCAGGAACUGUGACGGAAUGGCAGGCAGCAGACCAGUAUGUGUCGUCGUACACUCGCGUCGCCUAUGUACCGUUGCAGGCCGUCGCAGAUGGCUCGUGCGCAAGACUGUGCUAGUCCGUGCCGCUCAUUGCUAUAUACCUGCUCCACAGUCCACACCCCUCUCUAUUCUCCAGGUCUCCAGCCCACUUCACCUUGACAUUUCACAACCGUUGGAGGACAUGGGCAUGUCCAUCCAUGCGAGUCCGUGGAACAACUCUUUUUCCAGCAUGGAUGCGACGCCGACCCUAUUCCCCUUGCUGAUGCGGCGCUGUGACUUAACAACACUCAAAUCUGCGGAUGACUCGCGCAACCGCGUGGAGGGAUUAGGGAAGGCCGAAAAUUGGAAUGCCUGCCGGCUACUCUAUUCUGUCUACAUCAUUCGGGCGCACGCAACUGCCAACCCAACAUACCUGUGGAGCUUGGGUGCAUGCAAUCCGUAAUCCUUCCUCGUGUAAUUCCACUUGCGACGACAAAGCUCUAAUCAUCCCUGUUCGCCUCGGGUCCUCGACGGAUAUUGUUACUGCUUUUGGCGCACGUUGAAGUCAAAAGGGGGCCACUUGCUUGGCGUG